AUGGGGGCCAAUGGAUCUUGGAUGUGGAUUGGCGGGUGGCUUGAAAUCCCCGAAUUCAGUGCGCAUUGGGGGAAGAGGCUUGAGAUGAAUCAUCCCUUGCGCUGCAAAAACAAUUCGAUUCCUCCGGGAAGUUCAGCAAAAGCGGGGGAAAAUGUCCACGUCAUGCGGGUCAUGAGCGUUUACCACUGCUUUGAAGCUUAUGAGCGUUUGCAAGCAACGGGCUUGACCCUUGGGAACCCCUCGAUUGUGAAUUGGUUGAAGGGACAUGCCCGAUCCAAUCAAUCCCAUGGGCAAUCCCAGCUCGCAAAGAGUGACAAGAUAGUGAGUGGUUCGGACAAGGAGAUCCCGCGGUCUGAAUUCGAAGAGGAUAGCGGCACGAUUUCCUUACGACACAGCUGGAUCCUGCUGGAGUGGGAUCAGACACCAUAUGGCCUGCGCCCCAUCGCACAAAGCGCCGCACAUGGAACAAGAUUAUCAGCAGCCGCAGCCCUGUCGUUCCAUGUUGUUGUUGUUGUUGUAUGCACGGUCUGCGCAAGGGGAUUGAAGUCACGUCCGGAUGACGACAUUGGUGUGUGCGAGAGGGGUCUCCGUGGGGGGGUGGCUGGCUUUGAAAUGGGAGGAAGCAAAUCAUCAGAGACCGCGUUGCGUGCAGAGGCCAAAACAAGCCGCUGCGACGUCAAGAUCAAGGAUUGCGAAAGGUUGGGACGGCUGUCGCCGUUGGAACACGAACUGACAACGACUGACGCACGGCACCCGGGGACAGAAAGCGGUUCAAUGGAGAGGCCAGAGACGACGAGGGAAUGUCCAUCAGGCACUUUGCUUUGCCGCUCUGGGAACGGCGCUCAAGGGGGGUUCAGCAGUGGGCGUGCAGGAUCACCAGCGUAUAUGAUGGGGCAAACGGAAAUCGCAUACGGCUGGUUGACAUUGAAGGCGCCGCAGGACACUCCAGCGAUACUCAGGGAUGGAGGGACAACAUUUUCAAGGUGCAUGCAUUGCUCCGCAAGUGGGUUAAGAGGGAAGCGCGUUAAAAGCAGUCAAAACAAUCCGGCGGGCGCCGGCACCGGCGUUGCAGGACACGAGAAAAGGUGA